CUAAACCGUUAACCAAUCCUUAGUUAGUUCGACGUGACGUCAGGAAAUUCAGGCGCAGAAUCACAAUCCACCAGGCUCCCGAUUACUUGCAUGUUGUCGAUUUUUCGCCUAUUAUUACGCAAAACGUCUGGAAAUUUAAAUCUGAUUUGAUUUCCAAAACAUGAUAUACAUCUAAGAAAAGCUUUUUCUAAAUAAGAAAGUAAUUUAUAUCUCUGUGAUUUUUGUUUGUGCGUGUGUGCAAAAAAUUUUAUAUGUCAUUGAAUUUGCUAAUAUUUAUGUCCUUAUAUAUCAAGUAAACAUACAUUUUUUCAAAAUGGCAUCUACAGUAUUAGUUAAAUUAUCAACUGUACCGUUUCCUCAAGGAAAGAAAUCACCAUCAGAGAGAGAUAUAGUAACAUUAACAGAUAGGAAUGAAGGAUUGAAUCAAAGUAUAAGACAUCAAACUAUAAAUAUUGAUAGAAUAGCUCAACUGGAACAAAAUAUGAAAUUUUUACAAGAACAACAUCAAGCAACUUUGGUGGCUUUACACCAAGAAGUAGAAUCAUUACGUCAAAAAAAUAGAGAUUUACAGUUUCAAUUAGUAUUCUCAAAAGGAUCUACUUAUGUACCUAGCAGUCCUUCUUCUCCUGAAGAUAAUGGAAGUGGGUUUGUGAAACCAAAGGGUAGCCCAGUAUGUGUGAAUGUUACACCAUUACAAGUGGAACUUUUGGAGAAAGAUUUACAAGAUACCAAAAUAUCUUUACAAGUACUUAGAACAGAAAAUCAGUAUUUUUCUGAAAUUAUUGAAGAGCAGAAAAAAAAGUUGAGUUCAAUAGAAGAACAAAAGAUAAAUAAGAAGUCAAUGAUAGAUGUAGGAAUUCAAGUAGGACUUCAUUCCCCUCGAGCACAUUUAAUUGCAUGCUUUGAAGGCACAGAAGCAGCGAUAAAACGAUUACGCAAACAAAAUGAGGAACAGAGAGAACAAAUUGCAACAUUGAAAGCAACAUCACCAAAUAUGAAUGGUAAUAAAGGAGCUCGAUCUCGUGACAGUAAUAAUAGUCAUCAUAGUCGCGGCUCACCUACGAGCACUAUACAAGAACAAACUCCUCAUAUAUUUCCACCAUUACAGAGCUACUGGCAUCACAAGUCAUUUAGGAACGGAAGAAAUCGACACAAUAAAUCAGACCAUCAGACGGAGAUGGAUUCGACUAUGUUACCACAACUUCAAAAUGGCAAUAUAAAAUUAGAUACGAUGAUGUUUGAAUCUCUAUGUUAUCGAUCUCGUGGUCAUCGUAAUUAUUAUCGCGAUGAGAGUAAUCGAAAAUAUAGAGGAAACAUUUCACAAAAAGAUCGUAGAGAUAGUGAAAAUCAUCACCAUCAUCACCAUCAUCAUCAUCGACGAGAUUACAAGGAUAGGAGUUCUAAAAGUCAUCAAAAAGAAUUUCCAGAUUCAGCAGAAGGAUCUAGCGAAGCUGAUAAUUCUGCGGGUGGUAAAUCAUAAAACAAAAGUAGUCUGUUAAUAUACUAGUUAUGUAGCAGACUUCCUAUUCUUUACCUAUAUACGAACAAUUACGAAAGACUCUAACAACGGUAUAUUUGUUAAUAAAAGAACAAUCUACGUUUUCUUAUAUCUGCUUUAAUAAGAUAGUAUUAGUUAUAUGCAUACAGCUUGGAGUAGGAUAGUCGUAAUAUCAAAUUAAAAUUACGCAAUCUUUAAUGUAAAAAUCUAGUCAAAUUUUACUCAUUAUAGACUACUAAUAUAAAAACAAAAUAUUCGUGCUUAAUGGAUACAAAAGUAUUAGCUUGUACGAUUAUUUCUGCUGUUACAAAAUAAAUAGAAAAAUAUAUGACUGUACCAUUUUUAAUCAGAAAAGUGACAAUAUAUUUCUCUCCGACAGAAAAUAUGAUCACAAUGAUGAUUAGAAAGAAUAUGAAAAUGAAUAAUAAUAAUAGUUACAAUAAUAGUAAUAGUAAUAAUACAAAUAACAAUGAAAAUGUUACAAUCGAUAUUUGUGCAAUGCUAUGUUCUCAAGCUUUGAAUGAUAAAACCUUACACUUAAUGUACACGUAUGAUAUUUCAGUAUUGUGUACAUAUAUAAUUUUCUUUUCUAGUAUUAUUUAUAUAAAAUUGAGACUUAACAUAUAAUUGAAUGAUUCAGUGAUUAUUUUUUGUUAUAUUUUUUAAAUAAUUUGACAACAUUUAAUAAAAUGUAAGUGAUGUAAACAUGAAAACUGUCCUGUAAUGUUUAUUUAUUUAGUAAGAUUGUAAAAAAAUAAUUAAAUGUCAGUUUUUGUUUUAUUUAUUCUCUCCUUCACCUGAAACCUCUUUUUGUAUUUUUCACUAAAUUUUAAUAAGAAUAAUUAAUAUCAUUAAACAUAUAAAAGAAAUAUUUUAAAAGAUACAAAGAUAUCCAUAUAUAUACUAAAAAUGUAAAAAUUAAUCAGUUAUUAGCUGUUGUCAUAAUAGAGAAUUAUUCUUUAAAACAACGAUACUUAUAUUUGCCGCGCAAUAGCUCUUCGUAUUAGAAUCUAUCAGGUAUGGCAAUUUUUAUGGUUAUGACUUGAUAUUGGAUAGUUAACCAAGAUAAUCGAGAUGUAAAUUGUAUGGACGAUAGUUACUGUUUAAUUAUGCAGAACUGUAUAAUUUAAAAUAAAAUCUAAUAAGAGGUAUAAUAACACAUCUAUAUAAAGAUUUAUUUCUACAAACGUAAUUAUUAUUAAAUUUUGAACCUUUCUAUAUCAAUUGAAAUGAUACAUUUUAAAAAAAAUGUAUUUAGUUAUUCUCGUUAAUAGUAUCUUGACUAUUGAAACAAAUAUAAUACAAAAUAUUAAAAGAUUUUUUUAUUUUUCAUACUAUAUAACGUAUAAAGAUGAAAAUGAAUUAAACGUUGGUCGUAGCAGAAAUGGUCGUCUCUGGAAGAACUCAUCUCUGAUCGUACCAUAGUUAUAUAACUGUAAUUGUAUUUAUAUGUAUCAUAAAUCUAUUUGAGAACCACUGAGAAAUGAAAACGGUUGUGUUGUGCGUUGUGAGUUGUGCAUUAUAUUUGAAUUGGUAGAAAAUCUUGAAAUUACGCGCGAAUGUUGGUUGGUUUAGAUAUAACCAAAAAAAAAAAAAAAAAGAAAAA